AUGUCACUGUAUGAUGACCUGGGAGUGGAGACCAGUGACUCGAAAACAGAAGGCUGGUCCAAAAACUUCAAACUUCUACAGUCUCAGCUUCAGGUGAAGAAGGCAGCUCUCACUCAGGCAAAGAGCCAGAGAACAAAACAAAGUACAGUCCUUGCCCCGGUAAUUGACCUAAAGCGAGGCGGCUCUUCAGAUGACCGGCAGAUUGUGGACACCCCGCCUCACGUAGCAGCUGGCCUGAAGGAUCCUGUACCCAGUGGAUUUUCUGCAGGAGAAGUUUUGAUUCCCUUAGCUGAUGAAUAUGAUCCUAUGUUUCCUAAUGAUUAUGAGAAAGUAGUGAAGCGCCAAAGAGAAGAACGACAGAGACAGCGGGAGCUGGAAAGACAAAAAGAAAUAGAAGAGAGAGAAAAGAGGCGUAAAGACAGACAUGAAGCCAGUGGGUUUUCAAGGCGACCAGAUCCAGAUUCUGAUGAAGAUGAAGAUUAUGAGCGAGAAAGGAGAAAAAGAAGUAUGGGCGGAGCUGCCAUCGCACCACCCACUUCUCUUGUAGAGAAAGACAAAGAGUUACCCCGAGAAUUUCCUUAUGAAGAGGAGUCAAGACCUCGUUCCCAGUCUUCGAAAGCUGCCAUUCCUCCCCCUGUGUAUGAGGAACAGGAGAGACCCAGAUCUCCAACAGGCCCUGGCAACUCCUUCCUCGCCAACAUGGGUGGCACUGUAGCACAUAAAAUCAUGCAGAAGUAUGGCUUUCGGGAAGGCCAAGGUCUUGGUAAGCAUGAGCAAGGGCUGAGCACGGCGUUGUCGGUGGAGAAGACAAGCAAGCGAGGAGGCAAGAUCAUUGUGGGCGAAGUCACAGAGAAAGAUGCAGCUAAGAAGUCAGAUUCAAAUCCAUUAACUGAAAUACUUAAAUGUCCUACUAAAGUGGUCCUACUAAGGAACAUGGUUGGUGCAGGAGAGGUAGAUGAAGACUUGGAAGUUGAAACCAAGGAAGAGUGUGAAAAAUAUGGCAAAGUUGGAAAAUGUGUGAUAUUUGAAAUUCCUGGUGCCCCUGAUGAUGAAGCAGUACGAAUAUUUUUAGAAUUUGAGAGGGUUGAAUCAGCAAUUAAAGCUGUCGUUGAUCUGAAUGGGAGGUAUUUUGGUGGACGGGUAGUAAAAGCAUGUUUCUACAAUUUGGAUAAAUUCAGGGUGUUGGAUUUGGCAGAACAAGUUUGA